CACCAAGUAGAUCUUUCACGGGAAUUAGGGUCGCCUGGCAAGAAUGCAGGCUCUCAGCGCAAACCGCAAUGCUGUGCGCCCGGUCGCCAAGAGCACUCGCUCUGUGGUGUCGGUGGCCCGCCCUUUCGGCACCAAAUGCGUGCGCCCAGCCCUAGGCCGCGUGGCGCUGAAGGCCAUGAACCAGCAGGCCACCGAGGAGAAGAGCGACACCAACAGCGCUGCUCGCCAGAUGCUGGGCAUGAAGGGCGCUGCCUUGGAGACGGACAUCUGGAAAAUCCGCGUGCAGCUUACCAAGCCUGUGACUUGGAUCCCCCUCAUUUGGGGUGUUGCUUGCGGUGCUGCCGCUUCGGGCCACUACCAGUGGAACAACCCCACCCAAAUUGCGCAGCUGCUGACCUGCAUGAUGAUGUCGGGCCCCUUCCUGACUGGCUACACCCAGACCAUUAACGACUGGUAUGACCGCGAGAUUGACGCAAUCAACGAGCCCUACCGCCCCAUCCCCUCGGGCCGCAUCUCGGAGCGCGACGUGAUCGUGCAGAUCUGGGUGCUGCUGCUAGGCGGCAUCGGCCUGGCCUACACCCUGGACCAGUGGGCCGGCCACACCACGCCCGUGAUGCUGCAGCUGACCAUCUUCGGCUCCUUCAUCUCCUACAUCUACUCGGCGCCGCCGCUCAAGCUCAAGCAGAGCGGCUGGGCCGGCAACUACGCGCUGGGCUCGUCCUACAUCGCGCUGCCCUGGUGGGCCGGCCAGGCGCUGUUUGGCACCCUGACCCUGGACGUGAUGGCUCUGACCAUCGCCUACUCGCUGGCGGGCCUGGGCAUUGCCAUUGUGAACGACUUCAAGUCCAUUGAGGGCGACAGGCAGAUGGGCCUGCAGUCGCUGCCGGUGGCGUUCGGCGUGGACACGGCCAAGUGGAUUUGCGUGUCCACCAUCGACGUGACGCAGCUGGGCGUAGCUGCCUACCUGGCCUGGGGGCUGCACGAGGAGCUGUAUGGCGCGGUGCUGCUGGCGCUCAUCCUGCCGCAGAUCUACUUCCAGUACAAGUACUUCCUGCCCGACCCCAUCGCCAACGACGUCAAGUACCAGGCCUCCGCGCAGCCCUUCCUGGUGUUCGGCCUGCUCACCGCCGGCCUGGCCUGCGGGCACCACGUCAACGCCGUGGCCGCCGCCGCCUCCGCCGCCGGCGCCCUGUAAAGGCGCUGUGGGCUGGAGCCGGGAGCACGUGGGCGCGGGCGGAAGCCGAGGGGGUACCGGGAAGACAUGCAUCGUCAACUGUGGCGUGUGCCUGAAGUGAGAGCGAGUUUGGGAGCAAGGCAGUGGAGGUGGGAAGGGCUAGGGAGGAGGAGCAGGCGGAAGGGAAGUGUGGAGGCAGCGUUUGUGGGCUGGAAUGCCCGCAGCGGCACAACACAUGGAAGCGCAUUGCAAGCGCGGUAGGCGGCAAAGUGGCAUCCAUAAAAUGGCCGGAUCAGCGCUUUAGACGUUACUGAUACGUGCUCUGACACGUGUUUUAGGGCGGGUUGCAGGUUAGGCUUCAAUGUUUGUGCGUGGGCGCCUGUGCUGUGUCGCAUACUGCGUGCGGGCGGUCCCGUCCUCAGCGGGCUGGCCCCGCACGGCGAGGAUCGGGCGACGCACCUGGCGCCAAUCUAGCGUAGAUGGGGGGAUCUGAAUGUGCUGAACGGACACUGACGGACCAUGACGGGGUGUGCGACUCAUCCCAGAUGAGAUGAGCGCGGAUCGAACGGGAUCGGGGCAUGGCUUUUUGCUUCGGUCGGGGGUCAGCAUGAAGCACCCCUUGGCUACAGGUGGGGUGCGGUAUUGUGGAACAAGCUGGCCGCAAGCUGCCACCACACCCGAGGCAACACGAAUCCAGUCAUA